AUGGAUCCCAGCUACUACUUCUUCCACUAUUACUGGCCAAUUUAUUUCUUGUUGUGUUCGAGUCUGUUCCUGGCUAUGUUCAUUCUUAUCUACAACUUUACCACACCAAUUUUAAAGCCAAUGAGAUUUUUACUCUACCCUGCCAAUGCUGCAAUGACAAUCUCAAUUCCAUCUGCGUUUGCGAUGCAGGCAAGAACAUUGGAUAAUGAGCAUUCUCAGGCGUUGCUGUGUGAUGGGUUUUGCAAGUACAUUGGGCCGAACGUUUGCCUGAUCUGCCACCAGUUGUGGACGACUUUCGGAAUGACAGCUUGUGUGAUUAACCUGCAUACCAUGUACUACCGUACCAUCUGUCUCAAGUACUUGGAUCCAAAAAAAGCUAGAUGGUGGACGUUGUUGUAUUCGGUGCAUUAUAUAUUUCCCCUAGGUUCACAUAUCCUAUUGAUAUUCACCCCUUCAAGCCAUGAGGAGAUACACAACGAAACCUUACACCUCCACCCGGAAUACGACUACACCCCUUACUUAGACUUUGGGGGAUUUGACGCCUUCCAAUCAAUUUAUUUGGGAAGAGCUUUGAUGAUGGCAAUUGCAACGUUUUAUUCACCAAUAAUUGGAAAUUACUGGAAGCAUCAGGCGAUGAAAAUGUUGAAGGUUCAUAUGUCACCGCAGACGUCACCUGCUGCACGUGCGAUGAUACAGACUUUGAUGAAGGGUCUGAAUUUUCAAAUUCUCCUUCCUAUGAUCAGUUAUGUGCCGCAGUUCUUGAUGGUACUAUUCAAAAAGUAUACUGGACAAGAAUUCCCCAACAAACAGUACUUGGGCACGGUUCUAGGCGCGUUGCCUUGCCUUCUUGAUCCAAUGGUUCAGAUUUAUUUUAUAACUCCCUAUCGAAACUCGAUUCGCGAGUUUCUUGAGUGUAAAUCGAUGCCACGAGGAAGUACGAGUGGCAGUUGGGCUUCUAGGGUUAUUACUUGA